AUGCCUUCCACUCGCUCAAAAGGAAAAAAAUCUAAGACUGCGAAAACCAAACCUUCAUCCGUCGCACCCAAGAAGAAGACUUCUCGGGUUACCUCUUGUAAACGCAAAAGAACAGCCACUUCAAGCCGGAAAUCCGGCACCGGAGAUUCAGAUGACGAGGAAGAUUCACAGGCAGAUGAAGAUCAACCUAUUGAUAAAAACGCUACUGAGACUGAGGACCCAUCAGCCACCCAAACUAACGCUAAAGAAUCGAAUCGUGUCUUUCAAUCACGAUUCCCCGGUUUGGAAUUUGAUACAUUCGAACAAGAACUUGACAAUUGGUCACUUGUCAAGCUCCAGGAAGCAUUACAGAAACAAGAGUCUCGACGUACUAAAGUACACAAGGAGGUUCGGGAUCUUGUGGAAAUCAUGCGAAUGGAAUUUGAAAAACGUAUGCUCAUGAUUGCUCUGAUGGCCGGAGUACCGGAGGUUGUCAUAUGGAAAUUAGUAGGGUUAGGGUCCAAAACCGUGAAGGCAAACCCCUGGAUACGUUUCUUGAGUUUUUGUUUGAAAUGUUUGGGUACUAAAAUGCCCGAACGCAAUGAUAAAGACGCCUGGGUAGCUCGAAAUCAGGAGAUGGCUGAGAAAUGGCAUGAUCUAAGCCAGGAUGAGCAGGACGUUUUCAAAGAUCCAUACUUCUUUGCUCUAGCUAAUCUUCCAGACUAUUCAACUGCUGUAGUUGGCAAUGAUCAAGGGGGCGAGGGCGACAAUGACAAGAAUGGAAUCAAUACAAACCAGUUCGACAGUACUACUCCUGCUCCGAAAGUCCAUCAGCUCUCAGAGGAAGAAAAAGCCAAAUAUCAGCCCCUCUUUGAAAAGCUGGUCAAUGUGGAAAAGUUGCACCUCUCCCACGGCAAGCCAGAAAAAUCGACUUCGGUUGCGACUUUACAAAAGCGGUCUUUAGUUGCUGUACGUAAAGCACAUCAUGACUUUUCGGUCAUCUGUCAACAGCACCAUAUCUCGUAUUACUUGACUUCCGCAAGCUGCGGUGGAGUUGAUGGAUGGUCUCAAACCUUUUCCAACAACAUCAAGUUCGCUGACUGGGCACUGAAGACUCCGAAAAUCCCUUCCAAGUUUACAACCUAUAUCCACGGACAAGAAGUGGCUAAAGAGAUUGAAGCCAAAGUGCCGCAAGCAAGCGACGAGCGAAAAAGCCGACUAACUCACCAACUCAAUGAGAUGUUUGGUAUGUAG